CCCAGCCCUAUCAUUGAGCUCGACCAAAGCACUCCAAGAGAGAGAGAACAUCCCUGCAAACACCAUUUCUCCAUUGUUGAAGGAAGCUCAACCAGCAAGAAGCUCAAGGAAAGAGUUUAAGUUGCAAAAAGGGUAGAAAGCUUGAGAAAAUAAAGGAACUUAACUUAAGUGUUUCUAGAGUUCACCGGAGUUCGCCGGAGUUUCGCCGAAGUUUCGCCGGAGUUCGACUGAGGAGCGUAAAACACGCUAAAGCUCAUUUAAGAUCUGAAGCAUUUGUUCAUGGCAGAAGUGAAUCUAAUCCCCAAUGCUAAAUCUGCCAAGUUAAUGGCAAAUUAUUCCGCUUGAGUUGUCACUAUCGUGGCGGUGCUCAGAGGAUGGUGACUUGGGUGGAUGGUGACGCUGGUGUGUGAGGCGGCAAGGGGCGGCGAUGGUGUGUCGGCAAGGAUGCAGUUGCAAACAAUAGACGGAGAGGGCGGCGAUAGGGGGGCCGUCGCCGGAGAGGGUGGCGGCAGGUUUCACCGGCAAGGGGUGGCGGUAGGUUUCGCCAGCGAGGGGUGGCGGCAGGUUGCGUCGGCGAGGGGUGGCGGCAGGCGGUUUGGCUCUUGUGGCGGCAGUGCUACUGCUAGGGUUUCAAUAAUUUUUUAUUUUACAGUUUUAUAAUUUAAAAAAAUAAAAGAGGGGUAUUUUUGUCCAACUGUAUUGAAUUUGAUCCUAUGAAAGUUGUGUUUCGUAUGUGGUCCUAAUUGUGCAAUUAACUUUGCUAUUAGUCAUAUUUGAGUCAUUAACUCUAAAGUUUUUUAAAUUGUAAAAGUUUUUUAUUUUAAAUGCUUUUUAAAAUAAAGUUUUGAAAAAAUAGGGUUCUCCUACAUUCGUAUAUGGCACUUCAGACUAGGGUUUUUUUUGUUUUUUUAAUUCGUGGCGGAAUUAUUAAUUCUGAAUAUAUGUUUUUAAAAAAUUGUAAAAGUUUUUGAUUUUAUAUAUUUUUGGGUAUUAUGGAAAAUGCAAUCUUCGACCUAGUAAAAUUAGCCUAUAUCAUGAACACGAAUUGUAGAAUUGACAAUGAUUUACUUAACAUAUAGAUGGAAUUUUAAUAUUCAUACUUGUGAUUCACAUUUUUUAGGCCCGGAUCAUAAAACCUCCAAUUCGACCUAGUAAGGACACAAUCAUUCGAAUUUUAUACAAUCAGUAUAUAUCAUGAACACGAGUUGUGAAAUUGACCACGAGUUACUUAAUAUAUAGAUGAAAGUUUAAUAUUAAUACUUGUGUUUCACAUUUUUUAGAUCUGGAUCAUAGAAACCCCAACUCGACCUAGUAAGGAUACAAUCUUCUGAAAUGAAAUUAGCAUAUAUCAUGAACACGAGUUGUAAGAUUGACAAUGAUUUACUUAAUAUAUAGAUGGAUUUUUAAUAUUCACACUUGUGUUUCACAUUUUUUAGACUCGAGUCAUAAAAACCCCUAUUCAACCCAGUAGGGAUACAAUCAUUUGAAAUGUAAUCAGCCUAUAUCAUGAACAUGAGUUGUAGAAUUGACAAUGAUUUACUUAACAUAUAGAUGGAAUUUUAAUAUCCAUACUUGUGAUUCACAUUUUUUAGACCCGAAUCAUAAACCUCCAAAUUAACCCAAUAAGGGCACAAUCACACGAAUUUUAUGCAAUCAACCUAUAUCAUGAACACGAGUUGUGAAAUUGACCACGAGUUCCUUAAUAUAUAGAUGACAAUUUAAUAUUAACACUUGUGAUUCACAUUUUUUAGACACGGAUCAUAAAAAACCCCAAUCCGUACUUGAUUAUGGUGCCAAAAUAACUUUUUAUAUAAAGUUUGGGGUAUGUAAAUUACGUAUGUAAGUUUGGGGUGUUCAUCUCACACCCCUCCAAAGUUUGGGGUAUAUUAAUUAUUUUUCCGUUUUGAUAAAGAUCUUUUUCUUGCUCUAUUUCUUUUUGUUAUAUUUUCUUUUUAUUUUCACUUUUCCCUUUUUUCUUCAUGUUACCUUUUUUAUGUUUUUCUUCUUUCUUCUUGCUAUCUUAAUUUCACCAUCCAUCUAUUUUUUCUCCUUUCUGCAUUAUUGUAUUUUCUAAGUAAGUCAACUCAUUAAUUUCAUCAAAUAUGGAAAAAACUCUAUGUGACAAGAAGAUUAGGGGACAAAUAAAAUUGAAUGAAAAAUAAACAUUCGGUGAUAUGUUAGAAAGAAAAUAUUCCAUUUCAUGAAUGUUUUAUUUUUAUUUACAUUUCCUGAAUAUUUUAAUUUUUAUUGAAUUUCCCUCUCUCUCUAAUCUUUUUAUCAUAUACAUUUUUUCCCACAAUUGAUGGAAUUAAUGGGUGAAUUUACUUUAAAAAAAUAUGAUAAUGAAGAAAGGAGAGAAAAUAUAUUGAUGAUUUAAUUAAGAUGACAAGAACAAAGAAAGGAAGAAACAAGAAGAAACAUUAAAAAAUGUAACAAGAAGAAAAAGGGGAAAAGUGAAAAUAAGAAGAAAAUAUAACAAAAAGUUGAGUGGGAAAACCUCUUUAAUAAAAAGAGGAUUACUAAUAAGAGAAACAUAAAAAGGGGAAAUGAAAUAAAAAUACGGGAAGAAAAAGAAAAUGACAGAAAAAUGUAUUUGGGAAGGAAAUUUUACAAAAAAAACUCUCCUUAUAGAGUGAUAAAUAUAGUAAUAAACUUGGAAAAGAAAUAAGAACAAAAGGAUGAAAAAAGAAAUAAAAAAAAAGUGUCUAUGGAUAAAAUAAAGAAAGAUAAAUUGUACGGAGAAAAAACAAAAAUGAAACAUGGGACUAUUUUGAGUAGAUUUGUGAUAGGUGAGAUUAUUUAUGCAAGUUUUUAAAAAAAAAUCGCAAAAAACCUGGUAUAGCAGGUCACCAAUAAGUCAGGGUCCAACGAAAGAAGAUGAGGUGUAAAAGUGGGAUUAUUAUGAGAUUAAGUAAAUGUGGGAUUAUUAUGAGAAGAUCGGUCAAAUGUGUGAUUAUUCUUAUCAAUUUUUUCAUUUAAGUAUCUCUUGGAAAGUAGUUUGGGUGUUUUUUUUUGAAAGGUGGGUGAGUGUGUAGUUUAAUGACGUAAUCGAUGAUCAUUGUAAUAUUAUGAAUAUAACAUUUUUAAUAUGUGAUGAUUAAGUUGUUAUUUAGAGUGUUAAUUGUUUUCUUAAAUAAAAACAUAAAAACCUUUAGAUGAGACGUCUACAAAUAUAAGUGAGAACUUUACAUGAAUGGAAGGGUUUUCUCUCCGGCCGACGACUUAUGCCGAUUUGUUGCUUGAUGUUUUUGGUCAAUGUUUCAAUGGGUAGCGCAAUGGAAUGAAUAUGGAAGACGAUGAUUUGGAUUAGUGGAGGUGCACUAGUCCGGUCUCUUAUGCCCAUUUCAUUCUUCAGGGCAUGACUACUUGAGAUUCCUGGAUUGCGUGAGUCAGAGGGAUUGGUGGUUGGAAUCACCUUCUGUUUUGAUGGUUUUCGCAUAGGUUGGGCGGCGAUUGAGAAGCUUCAAUCGAGACACGAUCAAGGCUCUCAAGAUUUGGGCGUUCGAUGCAAUCGACUUUACUAGAUGAAGUGCCAGCGUUAUGAUCUCCUUGCUUUUGGCAUUAAUUUCCAUUGGGGGGACUCGAUUAAGGUAUAUAUGUGCUGCUGGUCUUCUGCUUUACACUCCAUGAAUAAGGUCUCAUGGUUUGAUUGUUUCUGUGGCUGGGACAUGGCUUGUUGGUUCACUCGUGCUAUAGUUACAUGGGGUAAGGAGGAGCCACUGGAAAUUGUGGCAGUGGGUUUGCAGGGAAUAUUUCAAGAUGAAGGGUUGAUGAUUCGUCCCCCUCUUGAACCACCGCCAAGGAUGAAGCUUGAAGUAUGGAUUCAGUUGCUCCAUCAGUUUAUUUUAAUUAAUUCUAUUUUACUCUUUUUGAGUUUUUUAAUUAUGAACUCUGUUGUUAUCGUCAUUUCGAACAAUAAGGGGGUAGGGUUAAUGCUUGGUUUUUUUCAUUAGAUAGGUUUCUGUUGGGAGGCAAUCAGGCUGACUCAGCCGCUAAUAGCCUCUUUGCCUUCACCGUUUCAGUGAUUAGUCUCGCUCUAUCCGGGGUGGACUAUUCUAUGUUUGAUCAUGACGUGAGGGGACCGAUGAGCUUUUGGUAUUGUUUAGAGAGAGGGAGAUGUAGGUCUUGGGACAUGUUUGUUAUUUUGGUUCGUUUGAUCUUAAUAUAAGCUUUUCCUUUCAAAAAAAAAAACUUUACAUAAAUGGAGGGAGUAGUAUAUAAAGCUCAAUUCCAAACGGUGAUUAGUUCUGCAUAUAGAUAGAAAGUAUGACUAUGGAUGAGAUUUUAGAAUCGAGACCUAGACAAUUGAUUAGAUCCAAAUCAUUUUGAACCGGUUUAGUUUCUAUUGGAUUACUAGUUCUUAACAGUUCAGUUUCUAGUCUUUAUUAACAAUUGGUUUCUCGAUUCCUACUAAAAAUAUGUGAUUGAAGCACUAAAGAAUCGUUAUGUAAUGGAGUACAAUUUGUAUUUACUUUUGUAUUUAUAUUAACGUGAAAUUUUAUGUUCAGAUUAAUGAAAAUGCUUAUGAUUAUGUUCAUUGUAAUGUAUUUGGAUUAGUAAUUAUAUUAGUCAUGGAAAUUGUAAUGUUUAUGAAAUCUAUAUCUAUAUAAAAGUAAGUGAAUUUUUUGGGCAUUUUCCCGCUCAAAAAUGUCACAUCAAAAAGGGGGAACCGGAGCCACGAAAUGGCGGUGCAACCUGUCACAUCCGCUGCAUCUUUGUCCUUCUUUAAUUUAUCGUUGGAGGCUGAAUUGGAUCUGGUAGAUGAAGAGCUUGGGAGAUGGUGACGUUUGUGCGGACAGCUUUGGAGAUGGAGAGAAUUGGGCGGUGAAAAAGAACUUUCAAUAAUUUUCUGUGAAUUCAAAAUCUGGAAAAAACUGCAACAAGCUUUUCUCCGACAGUUGCUGACCGAAUUGGUUUCCGGCACCAGCAAUCGGCCGAAGUGAACGGGGGGAACCGUCAUAUUUCUUACUUUGGGAAGUGUAGGUGUAAUACUUAUGUCAUUAUUCUUCAUAGUGUCCGAAAGAUACAUUUUCUAAGUCAUCAUAACAUUGCAAAACAUGUAUUGCACUUAUAUGUCAAUCUGUUGCAAUCUUCGCUAGUGAAAAAAACCACAUAUUUAUUAAAAAACUUUUUUAAGCGCA